GGAUGACUCUGUGCCGGUUUCUGUAUCCUGACUGAUCGGUUUUCUUUUCCUCCUUUACCCCUGCAUUGUUCUCGAAGUAGUUGAACGGACGCGUGAUUUUCCAACUUUCACUGUCCCCCCCCCCCUUUCCCCCUCCAAAUCGUUCAAUCCCAUUCAACAACUUCUCAGGCCAGCCGCGUGAAGCAGUAGGGGGGUUGUUGCAACCCGCCUGACUAGCCAAAGUCGCCAUGGCCGUUUUGGGAUUCAUCCUGCUUGUGGCAGUCCUCGGGGUCGCGGCAAAGUGCCUGUACAACGUUUUCCUGCAUCCUCUCCGCCACUAUCCUGGGCCGAAGCUCGCCGGAGUCACUCGCGCCUACUAUCUCUUCUUUGACGUUCGAGGCGUGAGCCAUUGGAAGGUCAAGGAGUGGCAUGAGAAGUACGGCGAGGUCGUCCGCAUCGCGCCGGGCGAGCUGUCUUACACGUCCGGUCAGGCUUGGCAGGCCAUUUACGGCUUCCCAAACAAGGACGGGACGGGGAACUUUGAGAAGGACGCCCAGUGGUGGAACAAGAACGUCAACGGCGUCGAAAACAUCCUCACCGCCGACCAUGCCGGACACAAGCGCAUGCGCCGGCUGCAGAACCCGGCCUUCUCGGACAAGGCCCUCAAGGCGCAGGAGUCCGUCAUCACCGGCUACGUCAAGCUGCUCAUCCACAAACUCCACGGGGAGGCGUCCGGGGCCGCCGCCGCCGACGCGGACGGCGCCGUCGUCGACAUGAACUCGUGGUACAACUUCACCACGUUCGACAUCAUCGGGGACCUCGCAUUCGGCGAGCCCUUCUACUGCCUCCGGGAUGCCAGCUGGCACUGGUGGCUGCACGCCGUCUUCGACAUCUUCCAGGCCGGCACCUACCUGCGGGCCGCCCGGCGCUUCCCCUCGCCCCUGUCCGAGAUGCUCCUGCUUCUCAUCCCGCGCCGCCUGAUCAAGACCAGGGUCGCGCAGUUCAAGUUCGGGGUCGAUCGCGUGGACCGCAGACUGGAACAAGAAACGGACCGGCCUGAUUUCAUGUCAUACAUCCUCCAAGGAAGCGACGAAAAGGCCAUGACGGUCGACGAGAUGCACGCCGCGGCCCAGGUCCUCAUCGUCGCGGGCAGCGAGACGACGGCGACGGGCUUGACCGCGGCGACCUACCUCCUCUGCGAGAACCCGCACACGCUGGCGAGGCUCACGGCCGAGAUCCGCGACGCGUUCGAGGACGAGGACGGCAUCACCAUCCAGAGCACCGCCGGGCUGAGCUACCUGAACGCCGUCAUCGAGGAGGCCCUGCGGCUCGGGCCCCCCGGGCCCGGGACCUUCCCCCGCGUGGUCCCCGACGGCGGCAGGACGGUGUGCGGGAGCUUCGUCCCGGCCGGGUACUCCGUGGGCGUCCACCACCUGUCCAUCAACCGCUCGCCGAACCACUUCCGCGAGCACGACGGGUUCCACCCCGAGAGGUGGCUCGACGACCCCAGGUUCGAGUCGGACAAGAAGGCCGCCGCCCAGCCCUUCUCGUUCGGACCGAGGAACUGCAUCGGAAAGAAUUUGGCGUAUGCCGAGAUCCGUACCAUCCUCGCCCGUGUCGUGUGGAACUUCGACAUGAAGCUGCACCCGGACAGCGCGGGCUGGCUUGGCAGGCAGAAGAUGUUCACCACGUGGCACAAGACGGAGAUGAAGGUUUACCUUUCUGCGAGGAAAAGGUGACGACUUUGCAAGUGACGACGAAGGGAUGGAAGGUUGGGAACUUGGGAAUUCCAGAAAAAUUACACAAACAUCUCCAGAUGUCUUUUUUUUUCUCGAUUAUUUCCUCCCCUUGACUUUCCAAUGGUAUUCGAUAUCUGGCAGCACGUUACACAAGUGUGUUUUCUUUGGCCGUAAAUAGCGUUCCAUCAUAGACAUCAUUUAGUUCGCGAGAGACCAUUCGAUGACCAAUUGCUGGAGCUUGUUUUUACCUCUUUUCACCUCGAAGCGAUUCGCUGUGUUAUUCGAACAUGAAAAUCGUCAAGUACACCGAACUUUUCAACUCUUUUUU